AAAAUUGGCACAGGUUUAUCAGCUCUAAAUCCAGGAAUGCAUGACACCUAGAUCUCUUGUCUGCCACCUUGUAUUAAAAUAAACUAUUGCAUGUACAUAGGGUUUAGACUUGGGAAUAUUUUAUAGUUCAAAAGAAGAGUUUGGGCUAUUUUAUGGCAAGUGGGCAAGCUCAGGAAUAAAUAAGUUAAAGACUGGGGUUGGUAAAUCUGUUAUGAGAGGCCUUAUUUUCUAGCUGUUUUAAGUCCAAAUUCUAAAUAUGUUGACGGGUCAAUUAUUUUUUUUUUUAACAUUUAUUUUCUAGAAAAUAGAUUUGCUCUAAAAACUAAGAAUGAACAACUUCUUUAAAGAUGAGUAUGUCCCAAUUGGAGUAAGUUGGAAUAAAAAAAGAGAGUGAUAAUAACAAGAAAUACAGGGUUGUGAUGAUUCUUGCUGAUUUUUUCUUCUUUUUGCAUUGUAAAAUAUAUUGAUAUGAUGAUAUGAUGUGAUUAAACAAGAAUAAAAGGAAGGGUGCUUGUUGAAUGAUAGCAAUUUUAGCAAUUAAAAUUUAAAGGGAAGACACGAGGAACUUAGCUAUCAUGACAAAGCAAGGCUAACACCACUCUCAAGUCUCAACCAACAACAGGGUAGAUAGGCACAGCACACAGGCACUAGACAGUCAACUACGACUCCAAAAAAGAAACAUCAAUUGGACAAGGGGGAAAGGUUAAGGAAAGAGGAGAACCUGUUUUUGCUUUUAGGUAUCUCUCUAAAUCUUUCGCACCCGCACGCUUUCAGCCUUUCGUCAUCAAUCAAUCAUCAUCUUGGAAAAAAUCCACCAUUCCACAGUGGCAAAAUACACUACCAGCCGCCUCAAAAGUAAACUCUCAAUGAAAAUUCUCUUUUUCAUUAUAAACAAUAAUACCACCAACAAGCCCCUUGCCUUGUUUUUUGUUCUUUUCCUUUUGUUAACUGACCAUCAUAAUAUAAACAACUAAACGUCACUCACGAAAGCACUCUCUUUCUACUUCUUUUCUUCUUGGAGGUCAAUGGGAUGUUUACUGCAAUCUUCCAUCCUGUACAAGCUAACCAAGACCAGAUAAUAAUGUACCUGGCCAACUUUUUCUCUUCCUCAUGUCUUCUUCUUCUGCUUCUUACUUUGUUCCGAGAUGACAAAAAGACCAGUCUUGGUGCUUCAACUUCAAGGCCAAGAACAUUUUCCAUGCUUCACUUGCUCUUAUAUCUUCUUUUAUUACUUUUACCGUCUUUCUUCUUUGCCUCUCCUUGUCACGCUGCCUGCAACCAAAACGAUCGGGAUUCUCUCUUGUUGUUUUAUUCCAAUAUCACAUUGCCAUCAUCGUCUCCUUUGAAUUGGUCUAAUUCUGUAGACUGUUGCUUUUGGGAAGGAGUAGGCUGUGUUGCUUCAGAUGAUGAUCGGGUCACCCAGCUUUGGCUACCCUCUAGAGGCCUAAGUGGACAUCUAUCACCAUCUCUGCUAAAUCUCUCACUUCUAACUCACCUUAAUCUCUCUCGCAAUUGCUUCAAAGGCUCUCUGCCCAUUGGGUUUUUUUCCUCCCUCAAUCGCCUCCAAGUUCUUGAUCUCAGCUACAACAGUCUCUAUGGUGAACUGUCUCUGGAUUUCUUUUCAGAUGAUAAUAACAAUCUCAGCCUCAUCCAGAUAGUGGAUAUUUCCAGCAACCGCUUCUCAGGGACCAUCCAAUCUAAUUCAUUUCUUCAGGCAGCCCGGAAUUUGACUUUUUUCAAUGUGAGCAACAAUACUUUAACCGGCCAGGUUCCAUCCUCGAUCUGCCUCAAUACUUCCCUCACCCUCUUGGAUUUAUCUUACAACAAACUUAAUGGUGAAAUUCCCUCUGGACUUGAAAAGUGUUCCAAGCUGCAGAUUUUUCGAGCAGGUUAUAAUAAUCUCUCUGGAACACUUCCUGUUGAUAUUUACACUGUUACCUCACUUCAACAACUGUCCUUACCGCUAAAUCACCUUUCCGGGCGAAUCCCAGAUGCCAUUGCUCAACUCACCGACCUUACUAUCCUUGAUCUCUCUUCCAAUGAGUUUGAGGGGCCCAUCCCGAAAGACAUUGGUCAGCUUUCGAAGUUGGAACGUCUGCUCCUUCACAUCAACAACUUCACUGGUUCUCUGCCACCAUCUCUCAUGAAUUGCACCAAUCUCAUCACUUUAAAUUUGGGGGUCAACCAUCUGGAAGGAGAUCUCUCCUCCUUUAAUUUCUCCGCUCUCCUACGCCUUAACACUCUUGACCUCGGCAACAACAACUUUAGAGGUACCUUGCCCUUAAGUCUUUAUUCUUGCAAGUCACUAACUGCAGUAAGGCUGGCUAGUAACCAGCUAGAGGGACAGAUAUCAUCCGCUAUACUUGCACUGCAAUCUUUAUCAUUCCUUUCAAUUUCUACUAAUAAACUAACCAAUUUUACUGGGGCAAUAAGGAUUUUGAUGGGAUUCAAGAACAUCACUACUCUCAUCCUCACUAAAAACUUCAUGAAUGAAGCAAUACCCAACGAUAGAGAUAUAGUAGCAGAAGAAGGCUUUCAAAACCUCCAGAUUUUGGGCCUAGGAGGUUGCAACUUCACUGGUCAAGUCCCCACCUGGCUAGCUAAGCUGAAAAAUCUAGAGGUGCUAGACCUGUCCCAAAAUAGAAUCACUGGUUUAAUUCCCAGAUGGUUGGGCGGCCUACGAAACCUUUUCUACAUAGACUUGUCUGAUAACUUUAUAUCAGGAGAAUUUCCCAAGGAGCUGACAAGUCUGUGGGCACUGGCAACACAAGAGUCUAACAAUGAAGUAGAUAGAACUUACCUAGAGCUCCCUGUGUUUGUCAUGCCUAAUAAUGCUACCAAUCAGCAGCUGUAUAACCAACUCUCCAGCCUUCCACCAGCUAUUUAUCUGAGAAACAACAACCUCAGUGGCAACAUUCCUGAGGCGAUUGGUCGAUUGAAGUUUCUUCAUGUGUUAGAUCUCAGCCAGAAUGACUUUUUUGGCAGCAUUCCAGAUCAAAUAUCAAAUCUCACAAACUUGGAAAAAUUGGAUCUCUCUGGCAACCGGCUUUCUGGCCAAAUUCCUGCAUCAUUAAGAGGCCUUCACUUUUUGUCUUCGUUCAGUGUGGCAUACAACGAUCUUCAUGGACCGAUACCAUCUGGAGGUCAGUUUGAUACUUUUACCAGCUCUAGUUUUGAAGGGAAUCCAGGUCUGUGUGGUUCAAUUGUGCAGCGCAUUUGCCCCAAUGCAACAGGAAUUUCUCAUUCUACCACUACUCCAAAAUUCUUAAACACAAAACUUGUCAUUGGGCUUGUUCUUGGCCUCUGUUUUGGCACUGCUUUUGUUAUUACUGUUCUAGCACUGUGGAUAUUGUCCAAGAGAAGGAUUAUUCCAGGAGAAGACACUGAUAAGAGUGAACUACAUACAUUUUCCAGCAACACUUAUUCUGGAGCUCCACCUCAAACCGACAAGGAUGCUAGCCUUGUUAUGUUGUUUCCAAACAAAACCAAUGAAGUCAAGGAUCUCACCAUAUUUGAACUCUUAAAAGCAACUGACAAUUUCAAUCAAGAAAACAUAAUUGGCUGUGGGGGUUUUGGUUUGGUUUACAAAGCAAUAUUAGCAGAUGGGACCAAACUGGCAGUUAAGAAGCUCUCAGGAGAUUUCGGACUGAUGGAGAGGGAAUUCAAAGCUGAGGUAGAGGCUCUAUCCACAGCUCAACAUGACAACCUGGUAUCCCUGCAAGGGUAUUGUGUGCAUGAAGGAUCUCGGCUAUUAAUAUAUUCCUACAUGGAGAAUGGAAGUUUAGACUACUGGUUACAUGAGAAAGCAGAUGGUCCAUCCCAUUUAGAGUGGCAAACUCGACUAAAGAUUGCUAGGGGAGCAAGUAAUGGACUGGCUUACAUGCAUCAAAUAUGUGAGCCACACAUUGUUCACCGAGACAUCAAGUCGAGCAACAUCCUUCUUGAUGACAAGUUUGAGGCACAUGUUGCAGAUUUUGGGUUGUCACGAUUGAUUCUUCCUUAUCACACUCAUGUUACAACUGAGCUAGUUGGUACUUUGGGUUAUAUUCCUCCAGAGUACGGGCAAGCAUGGGUAGCUACUUUGAGAGGGGAUGUGUACAGUUUUGGGGUUGUCAUGCUUGAACUGCUCACUGGUAAAAGGCCUGUGGAUAUGUCUAGGCCAAAAACAUCAAAAGAUUUGGUUGCCUGGGUGCAGAACAUGAGGAGUGAAGGCAAGCAAGAUGAAGUCUUGGAUCCUCUCCUAAAAGGAAAGGGUUCUGAUGAAGAGAUGCUGCAGGUGCUGGAUGUGGCCUGUCUGUGCAUCAACCAGAAUCCUUUCAAGAGGCCAACUAUCAAGGAAGUUGUUGAAUGGCUCAAGAAUGUAGGAACAACCAUCAGAAACCAAAAUAAGGAUUAGUGAAAAGUGCCCUUCGUCACUUCCGAAGAAACUGAUACAUAUACUUGCACAAAAUGUGUGAAUUAGUUUAUGCAUACUUUCACCUUAUUUUAACCGUGUAAAUAAAAUUUACCCUAUCACACUACUUCAGCUGUACAAAAAGAUGAAAUCAUAAUUAAGUAGGGACUAUUGUUGUAGGGUUGCGACUGUAACCUUUUGUCAGAUAGGUCUGCUGGGAAACUAGUACUUUGUACGUUAAAACAAAAGGCAGUUUCUCGCUUCGGCAUCUACAAAGCAAACACCAUCUAUUUUUGGCUACUUAAUAUAAGACGUUAAAAUUUUGCCUUCAAGUGAAUGCAUUAUUGGUUUUGUCACUUACUUUCAAUGUCUACCAGAUAAAAGUCAAAUAAAAUUGUUGCCAGCAUUUGGCCAUCAUAUAUGAUUUUUGGGAGCCGUAAAAACACAUCCAGAUAAUGCUAGCAGGUUAUACUAUCUAUCUUUUGUUUCACAGGAACAAAUAAGUUAAACUACAAACGCUACAAGGAUGUUUAACCAUUUAUCAUAAUACCUGCCACAACAUGAAUAUAAGGGGGUGUUCAUUCAUUUAAAAUCUUAGUUCCAACUUCCACAGAGAAACAAGCAAAAUUAUUAUGUCAAAUGAUGGUAAAACAAGUAACCUAAGAAACAUGAACUCCUGUGCAAUGUAUCUGCAUAAUUAUCAUUUCUCAUAUGAAAUCAAAAACAUACUUACAAAUAUCUGAUAUGUGCUGAGUUGUGACAUCUUGUUUUAGGAUGAUUUGUCCAAUGUUCUGCGAACUCUAUGUUUCCCAGCUGUAAAGAAUAAAUAACGAGCUGCACUUUCGCAUAUUUUCUAUCUUCCCUAUCCCAAGCAUGGCUUCAUCACAAUCAACACUCAAAACAAAUUCCUGAAACAAGGUCCUUAGUUAUAAGCGAUAAGGCUUAAAUUGAAAACAUUUAUUUAUUAAGGAAUCAUGUAAUAAACAGCAAAAUCAAUUGCAGAAAUUUCAGGCAGUUCACUUAAUCCAAACUUAGGAAUUUAAAUUGAAAAAUAAGUCAACAAAAGUUGGACAAAAAAUGUCAUGAAACAGAAAGUUAAAGAACUUCUAGAGGCCCAAUUAUAUUUUUCCCUUUUGGAUGAACAAUUUUAUCCCUUAAUUCUUCUUCCUUCAAUUUUUUUUUUUCAAGGGCUCAGAAAAGUUAAACUAAAACUUAACCUAACAGCACAAUCCCACUGUACUUUCCAACGGAUCAUGUAAUUAACAAGAUCCUUUUGCAUUAUAUGUGAUGCAAAAAUCACUAUGAAAGCACAUAAUGACAUGGUAACAUUAAUUAAAUUUGCAUAUCUAGAAUUUGAAAUAUAUGUUCAUGUAUACACAAAUACAUAUUCAUGUACAUUCCUCAUAAUGUCAUUGAUCAUUGAUUUCAUAUAAAUUGAGCUAUCACCUAUAUUUCACGGACUCAAGAUAUGAUGUUAGACAUGGUUAUGCAUCAUUUUUUUUUUUGGCAAUUUAUUACGUUAAUUUGCAGGAUCCAAGCAUCAGACCUAUAUGAAUUCAAGGCGUCCAACCGGCGUUGUGACACAGGUAAUUUAAAGCAAAGUGAAGAGUCCAUGUAACAUACUUGUGCAGAUUAUUUUCUGUCCUACCUAAUUUAAAUUUUCUUCUGACCAGAUAGUUUUAUAGCAUAUAUUCCAACUACAUUGGUAAAAAAUGAGAGUGACAUACUUGUAUUGGAAGAAAUAAAUUUUAAGGGAAGAAGUGCUAACAAGCUGCUCAGAAAUAUGCCUCUUAGAAACCCAUAUUUGACAAGGAUUUUAAAGAAUCAAUUUCGGCUGGUAGGGGAUUUUUCAUAACACAAUCUCUAUCAAUGUUCUGGUACUCCUAACUCCCAGUCAAACAAAGAGAUAGAUAAUUUUCGUUUGACUGAAGUGUGAAAACCCCAUUGUUUUUUAUAGAAAAUGGUCUUUUCUUUUUUGUUACUACUAUAUAAUUUAUCAAACAUGUGAAGUGCAAUAGGAACAGCAAACGAAACAUAGAAAAAAUGCAACUCCAAAACACUUCUGAAUUUGGCUAGUCAAAAUGCAACACUAAACAAUUAUAAGUUUCUUCUAAAACCCACGCAAAGCAUGCCUCAAUCUUGCAAAACAUGUUCUUAGCUCCUCCUGGAGUUAUGUUGACUUUUAAUGAAUCAUUGCUUAUUUCUUCACAUUAAUAGUCAAAAGUCAUUUCGGUUUUAAUCCAAAAUGACAACAUUUCACGUGAAUAAAAAACAUACACAGAUACUCCAUAUGAAAACAAGCU